AUGGAGGCUGCCGCUGCUUUGCGCUUCUCCACACCCCGCUUCCUUCUGUCCUUCAUGUUCCUCAGCGGCUUGGGCCUGCUCUCAGCCCCGUUUACUGUCGUGGGGCCAGCUGAUCCUGUCCUGGCCAUGGUGGGAGAAGACACCAUGUUCCAUUGCCACCUGUCCCCCGAGAAGGACGCAGAGCACAUGGAGGUGCGCUGGUUCCGCGCCCAGUUCUCCCCGGCAGUGCUCGUUUAUAAGGGUGGACAGGAGAGGACCGAGGAGCAGAUGGAGGAGUACCGGGGAAGAACCACCUUGGUGAGCGACCACAUCAACACGGGGAGUGUGGUGCUUGUCAUACACAACAUCACAGCCCACGACAAUGGCAUCUACCACUGUUACUUCCAAGAAGGCAGAUCCUACGACGAGGCCAUCCUGCGCCUGAUGGUGGCAGGCCUGGGCUCUAAGCCGCUCAUUGAAAUGAAGGGCCAGGAGGAUGGAGGCGUGCGGCUGGAGUGCACGUCCGGAGGGUGGUACCCGGAGCCCCAUGUGGUAUGGAGGCACCCUCACGGCGCGAUCAUGCCGGUGCUGGAGGAGGCUUACACGGUGGACACAGAAGGCCUCUUCAUAGUCACCACGGCCGUGGUCAUCAGGGACUGCUCGGUGAGGAACGCGUCCUGCUCUGUGAUCAACACCCUGCUUGGCCAGGAGAAGGAAACCAUCAUUUUCAUCCCAGAAUCCUUUGCUCCCAGCAUGUUUCCCUGGACGGUGGGCCUCGCUGUCCUCCUGCCUUCUCUACUUCUCUUCAUCACCGGGAGCAUCUGUCUCAUCAGGAAACUCCACAGGGGAAAAGAGGUUGAAAAAGAAGAGAAAGAAAUUGCAUGUAAGGAACUGGAGACAGACCAGAUGGAAAAAGAGAAAGAACGUCAAAUAAGAGAGCAACUUGAAGAACUACGAUGGAGAAGAACCUUGCUACAUGCCGGUGAGCGCCCUGGGAUCAAGGGGCCUUCGUGGAAAAGGCCGCCACACAGGGGUCUCCCACCACCUUUCUGGGACCUCCCUGGGGUCCAGGAAUAACACCAUCCCCCAAGACCCCAGGCCUAAACCAGAGACUUCUUCUGCAGCCGAUGUGGUCCUGGAUCCGGACACCGCUCAUCCUGAGCUCUUCCUGACAGAGGACCGGAGAAGCG